AUGAGUAGGGUUGCUUCUGCGCCGGGAAAAGUUUUGAUGACCGGUGGAUAUCUUAUUCUGGAGAGGCCUAAUGCAGGGAUUGUACUAAGUACAAAUGCCCGAUUUUAUGCUAUUGUCAAGCUGCUUUAUGAGGACCUUAAACCUGACAGUUGGGCAUGGGCAUGGACAGAUGUGAAACUGACAUCUCCUCAGAUGGGUAGAGAAACUAUGUAUAAACUGUCUCUCAAGCAUCUGCAGCUACAGUGUGUAUCUUCAAGUGAUUCAAGAAACCCAUUCGUAGAAUAUGCAUUGCAAUAUGCUAUAGCAGCAGCACAUGCCACCUUUGACAAUACUAAGAAGGAGGAGCUACAUAAACUUUUGUUGCUAGGUCUUGACAUUACGAUUUUAGGCUGCAAUGAGUUCUAUUCAUAUAGAAAUCAGAUUGAAGCCCGUGGCCUGCCUCUAGCUCCCGAUUCACUGGCUUCUCUCCCACCUUUCACUUCGAUCACCUUUAAUGCAGAGGAAUCUAGUGAACAAAAGAGAAAACCUGAAGUUGCCAAAACUGGAUUGGGUUCGUCUGCUGCUAUGACAACUGCAGUUGUUGCUGCUUUACUUCAUUACCUUGGAGUGGUCAAACUUUCCUUAGAAAAUAGUUCUCUUCUAGGGGAUCAAGUCUCGAAGGAACUGGAUGUCGUGCAUAUCAUAGCUCAAACUGCUCACUGUAUAGCGCAGGGUAAAGUCGGUAGCGGUUUCGACGUGAGCUCUGCUGUUUACGGUAGUCAAAAGUAUAUCAAGUUUUCGCCUGAAGUACUUUCUUCUGCUCAGAGUAAACGUGGACGACAACCUUCCACCGACGUACAUGGCGGUGAGGUCUGUCUGUACGCGGUCGAUCCGACGAUAAUAAAGGAGAAUGUCAGCACAAGCAUCGUGGUUUGGGUUUUGCUUAAAACAACAGGGUUGAGGUGA